AUGAAUGGCAAUAAGGAGAGAUUAGCAGAGAUUGUUGCAUCUAUCUUCUAUGGCUUCUAUCCUUUACACCGACCAUCCAUCUCGACGAUGGCCAGCAAUGAUUUUUAUAAAUUUAUGGGAAAUGGGGAAAACAAGGAGAAAAUUGAGAAUGAGUUGGAGUAUAAGCAACAGCAGCAGCAGUAUCAGCAGCAACCGCACGAGUAUCAGCAGCAACCACACAACCACCAACAACACUACUUGAGCCAGGUAUCGCCAUUGGAUAACUACUACAACCCAGAAUAUACACAGGAUGAUAUUGAUCUUUUAUUGACACCGUUUUUAUCCCCCACACUCACACCCGCACUCACACCUUCACUCACACCUGCUCUCACUCCCCACUCUGUCUUCUCUCAACCGCCUUUAAACACUGAUGAUCACAUUAGCAUCGCCCACACUCAAAAUGAUAUUCAUUCAGAUUUAUUUAGUCCUCUGACGUCACCCGCUCUAUUGCCCACACCAAACUCACCUAAGACAUUCACCACACAAAACACUCACCAAAGAACCGGUUCUCAUUCUGCUAGAAGAGGCGCUUCUACUGAGGCCAGGGCUAAUAAGAUUAGACCGUCUCCCGUUAUGAAACCUCUUUCUUCGAGGUUGAGAAAAUUUGAUCUAGACAGCAGCAACCUGGAAAAAUCGCCCAUCAACCUCGACUUAGACGCUGCUUCUAUGCCGCCCCCACCAAUUACCAACCAAACCAACCAAUCAAAUCUAGCACCGGUUACUCCAGCUUCUAUUAUGAACAUGUCUAGUAACAGCAAUUCACAAUCCUCACACACCUCCUCAAGCUCAAGCGGAACAGCCACACCGACCACACAAAACACUCUCACAGACAUGGCUAACCUCUCCCUCCACUCUGACUCAAACUACGCCAAUGUCCUCACUGGCAGGAGCAUCAACCCUAAAAUGGCAGACUUGUUAGAAUCCCAAGCGCACGUAGCAGGUCACGAUAACGCUGCCAAACGCGCUUCACACAAGGUCGCCGAGCAGAGGAGGCGAGAUUCCCUCAAACACUCGUUCGACGACUUGAGAGCUUUGCUGCCACCCGUUGUCGAUGACAACGAUCACGAUAGCGCUGGUGUCAGUGAAGGUAGACUCGACUUGCGUUUGGAGAUGAAAGACAUGGACUCGGCUCAGAUUAAUAAAGGUGUUUCUAAAGUUGUUCUCUUGAAACUCGCCAACGACUACAUCACGAUUCUCAACCAUCGGCUCGGUAGACGUGACAAUAUUAUCGCCAGUUUGAGAGACGAGGUGGCUGAGUUGAGAGGGGGGAGCAAAUGCGGAGGUGAUGGUGAUGGUGGACAAGAUGGUGAAGCUGGUCAUGCUAGUCAAACUAAUUCAGUGGAUAACAACACCUUCUUGCAUAACAUCGACGCCGUCGAACACCACAUCCAGCAGGCUGCUCUGCUCGCUAUGGAUGGAAACGUGCACCAAAAGAGGGAGUCUAUUAGCGAGCCUCCUGCUGCCCACAAGGGCGCGUCGAGCAGAGGCAAAGGCAGGAUUAGAGGCGCGAGCAAGGCUGCCAAGCAAUACCUCCAACAGGCCACACAAGACAAGACUCAGACACAGACUCAACAGAAAUAG